AUGGGUGAUAAUAUCUUUGUCGAUGCCCGAAAGGGCUCUUUGACUUCAACCAAGCUAGAAACCUAUCUUGCCAAGGGGGUUGACAUCAAUGCCCAAGACCCCAAGACGGGCUUCACGCCUCUCGCCAUGGCAGCGAAGUACGGACGCCUCUCCGUCGUCAAUCUUCUUCUCGACAAGAAUGCCUCUCCCAGAGCCAUGAGCAAGCCAGGCAUGACUCCACUGUACAUCGCCGCAAACGGCAACGGCGAUAGAGUUAAUAUCGUGAGAAAACUACUUGAAAAGGGCGCUCAGGUUGAUGAGACCAGCGCAGAAGUCGACAAUGAUACUCCGCUCAUGGUAGCAAUUACUCACGCUAGAGACCCUGUUGUUGUGAACAUGCUCAUCGACGCUGGAGCGUCACUCCAAGCGACGAACGCGAAGGGUGAGACGGCAAAGGUACUAGCUGAGCAAUCGGGGAAUCCUGCUAUUCAGCGUGCUGUUUCACCCCCUGGGCAGCAGAUGGCAGGUCUUCCUGAGUUGAUCAAUGCUUUGGUGAACUUUGUUUUGUUCAUCUUGGCGUAUGUGAACAGCGGUGUCAUCAAUGGCGUUGUCAAGGGCGUCGUGUCCAACUUGUAUCAUAUUGGACAGGCUCCAGCAGACCAAACCCUGGCUCAGGACCUGGAUAACCCUACCACCAUAGACGAUUUCCAAAAAGGUGUCGAGAAGUAUGUCGAGGAUAGUGAUCUCGGACAAUUCUUUGCGCCUGGCAAUGACUACCUACAAAAGGUUGCCGAAAAGGCAAUCGAGUUGAAGGAUGAUCCAAGGAAUCAUCUCAAAGAGCCUGAACAGGUGAAAGGUCUCGUCAAGCUCGCUUUGUAUCAGCCAAUCUUCUACUGCGAUGACAGCGGUUCAAUGCAAUCUAACAUAACCGACGCCAACGGCAACGUCGUUAGCACAAGAAUGGAAGCCAUGAGAAGUUUGGUUCAGCGCAUGUCCAGUAUCGCUACACGUCUGGUUCCGGAUGGUUCAGGCGCUCAUCUACGGUUUAUCAACAGUGAUUACCAAGGUAAUGACCUCACUGCUGAUCAAAUCGAUUCUCAUAUGCAGUUCCAACCAAGUGGUGGUACCAAUAUUGGCACAAACUUGAAGAAUAAGGUUUUGGACCCCCUGGUCUUUAAGAAACUUGACAAGGAUGGCAAGCUGGACAGACCGUUCCUUGUUCUCACUAUCACGGAUGGUGAGCCUAGCCCAGAGCCUGUUGACACUUUCAAGAAGACGAUUGAGGAAUGUGGCCGACGGCUUGAUCAGAAUGAUUAUCCCCAAGAGUCUACCAUGUUCCUUAUCAGCCAAGUUGGCAAUGAUCCGCAUGCUGACAAGUUCCUCGACUCACUCUCGGGUGACACUGCGAUCGACCGUGUUCUUUUCCGCAGUUCUGAGCGCCUGCACGAGAAGUAUGCUGAACUUCGGGACAAUGAGGCAGACCUUGAAGAAUGGGUAAGAUUGUUCUCUCCACCAACCGUCUUUCUGUCCAUUGGCUAA